GUUGAGGUGUAAAGCCCGGAAAAAGGCUCAAAAAGCUAUCCCAAGGUCUUGACAUACAGCAGCAUGUCUCACUCACCUCAUCCCCUGGCAACUUUGGAGCAGAUCGUCUCUACACCUUCAGCUGCAGAUGGGAUUCCAAGUGAUGUGGAGGAUGAUCUGCGCGUAGCAGGGUGCAUGCUAAUACAGGAAGCGGGCGUGAUGUUGAAGCUGCCGCAAAGUACCAUGGCAACAGCUCAAGUUCUGUUACAUCGGUUCUACUACGUUUCCUCCAUGUGCUCUUUUGGUGUCAAUGACAUAUCAAUAUCAGCUCUCUUCUUGGCAUCUAAACUCUGCGAGAGUCCUGUUCGUUUACGAGAUCUGAUCAACACUUACCUUUACCUCCUGGCUCGUACUCAACAUCUUCUUAAUCUUCCAGCCGAUCAGCCAUUCCAUCCAGGUCUUUUGUCGCAAUCGGAUGAAAGUGAGAAAGACAAGUUAUGGGAAGGAUUCAAGUUCAGCGUACCGGGGUUCCACGACGAGAUAUUCUGGGAUUGGAAGGACGUUAUUACGGCGUCAGAAAUGCAGGUUCUCAAGAGACUGGGGUUCAACAUGCAGGUUGACUUGCCGUAUAACCAUAUGAUUAACUAUCUCAAGAUUCUAGACCUGGUAUUCGAAGACGAUGUCACUCAAAUGUGUUGGUCUAUCUUGAAUGACAUGCUUUUGACACCCCUCUACGCUAUCCACCCUCCUCACACUAUCGCUUGUAUAUCUAUUCUUCUCACUACACGUCUUCGCCGUAUUCCUCUUCCGCCCAAAUGGUAUCUCCUCUUCGACGUAUCUUAUGAUGAGAUCUGGUCUGGAUGUGGCGUCGUAAUGAGACUAUGGAUUGACUGGGGACUCGAUCGGCCAAAAGGUGUCAUUCAAAGAAACAAAAGGACGGUAAAUGAAGAAGAGGAAGGAAGAAAAAUCAAGGAAUCUAGAUGGAGAAGAGCAUGGGUACUAGCUCAGUCUAGAAAAGCGGUAAGACGGUGGGUUGAAGGGCUGGAGAAGGCGUAGGUUGGUAUUUUUGUGUCUUCUAUGUUGUAUAAGCAUAUAUAUAUAUAUCCUUGCAUGCUCCAUC